CGAGUGCCACGUCCCAAGUGCUACGCGGAGUCGCCGAGCGGGCGGUGCGCGAGGCGGCGGAGCAGCGCUGAGCCGGCCGCGCUGUACGGAUCGCCCGCCGCCAUGGGCUCCUCGCAGAGUGUCGAGAUCCCGGGCGGCGGCACCGAGGGCUACCACGUCUUGCGGGUACAGGAAAAUUCCCCAGGACACAGAGCUGGACUGGAGCCUUUCUUUGAUUUCAUUGUUUCUAUUAACGGUUCAAGAUUAAAUAAAGAUAAUGACACUCUCAAGGAUCUACUGAAAGCCAAUGUUGAAAAGCCUGUAAAAAUGCUCAUCUAUAGUAGCAAAACCCUAGAGCUCCGGGAGACCUCGGUCACACCAAGCAACUUGUGGGGUGGGCAGGGCCUGCUGGGAGUGAGCAUCCGUUUCUGCAGCUUUGAUGGGGCGAACGAAAACGUUUGGCAUGUGCUGGAAGUGGAAUCCAAUUCCCCAGCAGCACUGGCCGGACUCAGACCUCACAGUGAUUACAUCAUUGGAGCCGAUACCGUCAUGAAUGAGUCUGAAGACCUGUUUAGCCUUAUUGAGACACACGAAGCAAAGCCCUUGAAGCUCUACGUGUACAACACAGACACUGACAACUGCCGAGAAGUGAUCAUUACACCAAAUUCUGCGUGGGGUGGAGAAGGCAGCCUUGGAUGUGGCAUUGGCUAUGGUUAUUUGCACCGAAUACCUACACGCCCCUUUGAAGAAGGAAAGAAAAUUUCCCUUCCAGGACAGAUGGCUGGUACCCCCAUUGCUCCUGUUAAGGAUGGGUUUACCGAGGUCCAGCUGUCCUCAGUUAGUCCCCCAUCUUUGUCAGCGCCAGGAACUGCAGGAAUGGAGCAGAGUCUGCCUGGACUUUGUAUUAGCUCAGCCCCACCAGCUGGCAGCAGUGUUCUCAGUGCAGGUGUACCAACUGUACCAUUGUUGCCACCACAAGUAAACCAGUCCCUUGCUUCUGUAACACCAGUGAACCCAGCUACCACAUUACCAAGUCUGAUGCCUUUAUCAGCAGGGCUGCCUAGCCUCCCCAGCCUCCCCAGCCUCCCCAACCUCCCCAGCCUCCCCAACUUCAACCUCCCUGCUCCGCACAUCAUGCCAGGGGUCGGCUUGCCGGAGCUUGGGAACCCGGGUUUGCCAUCUCUUCCCUCCCUGCCUCCCCGAAACUUACCUGGCAUUGCACCUCUCCCCAUGCCGUCGGAGUUUCUCCCGUCAUUUCCUUUGGUUCCAGAGGGCUCUUCUGCAGCCAGCGCUGGAGAGCCGCUGUCUUCCCUCCCUGCCACGGGCCCACCUUCUGACCCUGUCAUGACUACUGCAAAGGCAGACACCUCCUCACUCACUGUGGAUGUGAUGUCCCCUGCUUCCAAGGUCCCCGCCACUGUUGAGGACAGAGUCAGCGACUCCACGCCAGCCAACGAGAAGCCAGUUUCUGCAGUUACGGAUGCAAGUGCUUCUGAGUCUUAACUUGGAACCAAUUGACGUGGUCUAUUUAUUUAACCACGGGAUCAUGUCUGGAAUUGCAAACAACCAUUGAUUUCAUACUAGUUUGUACCAUAUCUGUAGGUGUCCUGUACAUAAUUCUAAGGGGAAACUACACAAGUGGCCGAGGGCUUGUCUCCCACCACGUUGGGAGAAAUGACAGCCAGGGAGGGGAAUGCAAGAAUGUGCUUGUAUCUUAAACAACUAAAAAGUUGUUACGGGUGGCUUGCUGCCAGGCAUCUGCUGCCCUUCUGGGAUGCCCAUCUUUGGUAAAGGGAUGGCAGGGUGUCCACCAGGUUCCCUGUGCCACUGCUGCACCCUGUGUAAGGAAAUGAAAUAUUUUAUGCCUAGUGCCCACAUGCAACAUUUCUUGUACUUUGUAAGUCAUCUGCAAGAACACAGACCACCUCACUAAACUGUAAAAGGAAAGAGGAAUUUACU